CGCUGUCGACUCCAUUCCCUAACCCUCUCUCGCUCUCCCACCGCAGCGUCUCUUUCGUUCUUACUCUCUCUCUCUCUCUCUCUCUCCUAUUUAUCGCCAAAACCCUUUGUUGGAGAGAUCCGAGAGAUUCUUCUGCAAACAUGUUGGUGUACCAGGACCUUCUCAGUGGUGACGAGCUUCUCUCGGACUCCUUUCCUUACAAGGAGCUUGAGAAUGGUUGUCUUUGGGAGGUUGAAGGAAAGUGGGUUAUUCAAGGUGCUGUGGAUGUAGAUAUUGGUGCAAACCCAUCUGCUGAGGGUGCUGAUGCUGAUGAGGGUGUUGAUGACCAAUCUGUUAAGGUUGUGGACAUCGUUGACACCUUCAGGCUUCAGGAACAACCUCCUUUUGAGAAGAAGCAGUUUGUGAUGUGGGUCAAGAAGUAUAUUAAAAAUUUGACCCCCAAGUUGGAGGGAGAGAAGCAAGAGCAAUUUAAGAAGAACAUUGAGGGUGCAACCAAGUACCUGCUCCCAAAACUUAAGGACCUUCAGUUCUUUGUUGGUGAGAGCAUGCAUGACGAUGGAUGCUUGGUAUUCGCUUACUACAAGGAUGGAUGCGCUGACCCGACUUUCCUCUACUUUGCCCAUGGAUUGAAGGAGGUCAAGUGCUAAGAGGUUGAGUUUGUGGCUUCAAAGUAGAAGAAGGGUGUUGCUACCCACUCUAUUAGUUUCUUUUGUUGCUUGUUCUAUCUUAUAAGCUUUUUUGUUCUUUUAGUACUUCUCCGUUCUAGUCCCAAGUGUUGUUUCAGUGACUAUUUUUUAAUAAAACUCGGUUAUUGAUAUGUAUUGGUGCUUUUGGUCGAAAGAGUUGAAGAUUUAUUAGCAGAACAUCUAAUUGUCCUCAUAAUUUAUGAAAAAUUAUCUUUGAAUGCAAA